UCUCAGGCACGUGACCGCAAGAGGACCCAGCUCGCUCUUGCCUGAAGAUGCCAAGAUGGCGGCGAGCAAUUAUUAUGGAUUCACGCAUGGUGCCGGUCCGCAGUACAGCACCCAGCCGGCUACUGCCUACUCGCACCCGACCACGGCCAGCUACAGCGUGCAGCCGGCUCCCGGAGUGGCCCAUGCCGUGACCGCCUCCUACGCUCCCGCCACCGCCCCCGCGGCCCGGCCCGUGGCAUCGGCCCCCUACCCCGGGUACCAGGCCCACCCGGGGCCCGACUACGGCUACGGGGCGCGGCAGCAGGACCCCGCGCCACAGCCCACCACCACGCCUCAGACCUACCAGGUAUACAGUGAAACGCAGGACAACUACAGUUAUGGCCGUGCAGCGUCUGCCACCAACUAUGAGAGCAAGCAGUACUACCAGACAAGCGUAGCACCUGCCCAGCGGACGCCAACAGAGACCUACUACCAGACAGCCAUGUGCUUGCCUGCAGGCGCGAAGACGGGUUACAGUCAGGCCAGCACGGUGUACAGCCAGCCGCCGCCACCCCCGCAGAGACAGGUCACGGCCUUAAAGCCCAUCGCGCCCGCCAUCUCCGUGUCCACCAGCUACAACAUCUACCCGGUGUCCACCAGUGUCCAGCAGCCCCCUACGCCCAUCUCCUCUUACGCGCCCAGCUCCUCCUACAACUCCACCGCUGCCACUUCCUACUCGGCAGGUAUCAGCUACUCCAGCUACGACACCAGUGGCUACACCUCCACCCCGUCCUACUACCAGCCCGCCCAGCUGCCCCCCCCUCAGCCCCAGCCCCCCCCGCAGCAGCCCCAGCCUCCCGUGCAGCAGCCCCCCAAGCAGCUGACCAGCUCGUCCUGGAGCAACGCGGGCAGCAAUAUGGUGACCGCCCCUGCGGUCAACACCUACAAGAAGCCCAUGUUCCACCAGAGCAAGAUGCCCAAACCCAAGGGCCCCCCCAAGCAGCCGCAGCUGCACUACUGCGACAUCUGCAAGAUCAGCUGUGCUGGUCCGCAGACGUACCGAGAGCACCUGGAGGGCCAGAAGCACAAGAAGAAGGAGGCGGCACUCAAAUCCGGCACGCAGACGAGCAACGGGCUGCGGGGGGUGCAGACGCAGCUGCGCUGCGAGCUGUGCGACGUCUCCUGCACCGGCGCCGACGCGUACGCCGCCCACAUCCGCGGGGCCAAGCACCAGAAGGUUGUAAAACUCCACACCAAGUUGGGCAAGCCCAUUCCGUCAACAGAGCCAGUUCUGGUGAACUCCGCCCCUGUUGCCACGACAACCACUGCCGGUAAACCUGCCCCUCCCGCUGUCACGCCAGCCGCCGCCACCGCACCGACGAAACCGGUGGUGCCCAACCCCAGCAAAGCUCCAACGCCGGUCAAGAAGGCCGCCGCACCCAAAAUAACCUUUGUCGCAAACAAACCCGCCGCUCCUCCGGUGGCCAAGGUGGAGGAGGCGAAGCCGGCCGUGGCCAAGCCGGACCCACAGAGCGACGAAGACUACGGCGACGGACCGGGGGGCCAGGGAGACGUGCAGCCCGUCGGGCACGACUACGUAGAGGAGGUCCGUAAUGAAGACGGCAAGGUGAUCCGCUUCCACUGUAAGCUGUGCGAAUGCAGCUUUAACGACCCCAACGCUAAAGACAUGCACCUGAAGGGGCGGAGGCACAGGCUGCAGUACAAGAAAAAGGUGAACCCAGAGCUACCGGUGGAGAUCAAGCCUAGCAACCGUGCGCGGAAACUGCAGGAGGGCAAGCUGAGGAAACAGAAGCAGAAAGCCGUGCUGAAGAGGCAGCGCGAUGACGAGCAGCGCUGGCACAUGGAGAUGAGGCGCUAUGAGGAAGACAUGUACUGGAGGAGGGUAGAGGAAGAGCAGCUGUACUGGGGGGAACAGCGACGCAGGAUGGGCCCCCCUCCCCUGAUGAGUCGGCCCGGAAUGCCUGUACCCCCCCUCCUGCCUGCGCGCCGCCCGGACUCCCCCGACGACCGCCACAUCAUGGCCAAGCACUCCAAGAUCUACCCGGUGGAGGAGGAGCUGCAGGCGGUGCAGAGGAUCGUGUCGCACUCGGAGCGUGCCCUCAAGCUGGUCUCCGACAGCCUGCUGGAGAAGGAGGGCCCCAGGGCCGACGAGGCCCCCCAGGACAGCGCCGCUGCGGACCCCCAGCCCCGGAUGCUGAAGGGGGUGAUGCGGGUGGGGAUCCUGGCCAAGGGCCUGCUCCUGCACGGGGACACCACCGUGCAGCUCAUUCUGCUGGCCGCCAAGAAGCCCACCGCCUCCCUCCUCAGCGCCAUCGCAGAGCAGCUCCCCCGCGAGCUCGCGACGUUUUCUGAAGAUCAGUAUGAGGUGCAGGCUCACCCUGAGGAAGCCAACAUCGUCAUUUUUUCCAGCAAGGAGCCCAAAAUGCAGGUGACCGUCUCCCUCACCUCGCCCCUGAUGAGGGAGGACCCCGCCGCGGAGACGGACACGAAGGCGGGGGAGAAACCGGCCGAGAAAGGGACUCCCGAGGUGGAGACGGAUCCUCUGGACGUACUGGACAGGAAGAAGUGCCUGGAGUCCCUGGCCGCCCUUCGGCACGCUAAGUGGUUCCAGGCUCGUGCAAAUGGUCUGCAGUCUUGUGUGAUCAUCAUCAGGGUAUUACGGGACCUGUGCCAGAGAGUGCCGACCUGGGGAAAGAUGCCCGGAUGGGCCAUGGAGCUGUUGGUGGAGAAGGCCAUCAGCAGCGCGUCUGGCCCACUCAGCCCCGGGGAGGCCAUGCGCCGGGUUCUGGAGUGCAUUGCCACGGGCAUCUUGCUGCCGGAUGGCCCCGGGCUGCUCGAUCCCUGCGAAAAAGACCAAAUAGAUGCUCUUGAACGCAUGACCAAUCAGGCCAGGGAAGAUGUAACCGCAAGUGCACAGCACGCUCUGCGGUUGCUGGCGUUCCGGCAGAUCCACAAGGUUCUGGGGAUGGAGUCGCUGCCAGCGGCCAAGGCCAGCGCUCGCAAUCGCAAGCGAAGGAGAGACGGCAGCGAAACGGGGGAGGGGGAGGGGGAAGGAAAGAAAGACAAGAAGGAAGAUGCCGAGGACGUCUGAAAAAGAAAACCACAGCGUAGCCACCGCUCGUUUUCAGAAGCUCUCGACCGUCCGUUUCUCUUGUAUUAGAUACACUAUCCAUCUAUAUGACCAUACGUUCAGUUUGCAUUUUACAGUGGGGAUCCGUGGGGGCAGGACACACAGUUCUCUCCCCAUACACAAUCCACUGUGGAUGUCAUUAAGGAAUUGUGCUUUAAAAUUGGUUUAAAUGUCACUGAAGCAGAAAGAAAAUUUUGCAUCAUUCCAUUGUAAGGAUCUUUGCCCCCACCAUAGCUGCCGAAUACUCUCAUCAUGCAGUACCUGUACCAACCACUGUUACUUUACUUAUUUUUUUAAUAGUGCACUUUCUUUAACUUUACCUACAUCUUUUCUUAUAGAAAAGAAAAGCUGAAAUACCACCUGCAAAGGCCAGUUUAAGUAUUUUUAAUUCAUUUACGACAGCAGUUUUUAUUUUUUAAGUUGCUUGUAUAGAGCUAUAUGCAGGAGAAAGACGUUUAGGGCAUGUUGGGAGCUCUGGGGAAGGAAAAUUAAUGUUUUACACAUACUCCAGAGCAAUGACUUAAUAUGUGCUAUGUAGGUAUGAAGACAAAAGGACAAAUUUUUAGUAAUAAGUUAUCUUGAAAGAUACUGUUUACAGUGCCCAAAUUGCAGGUGUAAGAAUUUGGAAAAACUUUGCACCUUGAAACAAAUAAGCAUAAAAAUGACUAAACGGACGGCGUUCACUGGAAUUUUUUUUUUUUUUUUUAAAGGAUCAAACAAAAAACCAAACAAACUAAGCUGUGAAACGCCGCCUUUACGCGUGUUGCUUACUUGGUGCUUGUUGUGGGUGGUUGUUUCCUCUCAAGAUGGUGUCUCUUGUAAAACCUGACACAAGCUGAGGUAUGAAUGUCAAUAGCUAAGAGAAGGGCUUGUUUAUAGGCAAUGACCCUUUCUGAAAAUGCACACAUAUGCCUCGGUGCUGUUUAACAAGUAAAAAUUGCCCAAAGGGACACUUGGCCAAGGCACGAUUGUGUGACUGGAGUGAAAUUUGGAAGCUUUAAAGUGUAACCAGAAUAACGGCUCUAGUUUAAAGGCAGGCAAUUUCUCUGCCAAGACUAGCUUUUCAAAUCUAUUUUGGAAUGCUGUUUGUGUGGCCAGAGCAUAGAGAGGAGAAGCAGUACUUUGGGACAGGCGGUAGAAUGAUAGGCAGCUAUCUUGGGUCAGCCACGACAUCAACGCUGUCUGACCUGUCAUUAUUAAGGCUUGGAGUGGGAAGGAAAAAAGUGUACUUGUAGAAGGGGAAUUUUAUUUUUUUUGAAGCGUUGGGUAUCCCCUACAAAUGGGUGUUGGACUCAUGUGGUCAGACUUCCUUAUGUCUACAACAUAAAAUUGUGUUGUAUAAUUCAGGCACUUUGGAGAUUUCAUACGUUUGGUAUGAAUGUAGGAAAAAAACCUAAUACAUUAGGGAAGAUAUUUCAUGUGGUGGAAAUUUGGAGAAGAGACAGUAUACCCUUGAAAAAUGCACAGGUCUAAGUGUAUGUCUGUUUAUGUACCGAGCUUGUGCAUUUCAUGGUAAUUUCAAUUAAAAGAUUCACAUUUAACAUCUGAGAUAUUCUUUUUUUUUCCCCAUUUGACUUUAAGUUUCCAGGAGGGUGUUACAAUCAAUUUUGUUUUAUAUAUGUGUUAGGAAAGUGUGUACGUUGCUUUAAUAUUAUUUGAAUGUUGUUGUAGUGCUGCCUAAAAUCAAGAGAAAAUAUUAAAGAAACUAAGAUCAUU